UCUGCUCUAGUAGAGGAAGGACAGGCUGCUCUGAGCGGCGGAGGAAGGAACGGGAAAACAUACAAUGCGUUAGCCACGGGCAAUGGCUUGCCCCCAAAUCUCCUUCUAAUUCACUAUCCGAGCCGUUCCGAGACAAAUAUGGCGUGAGAGAAACCGUGGAAAAUAAGUGCGAAACUGUCGGGAGUUACUCGUAGCGGCGGACCCUGCUGCAGCUGACUGGAAGUUUUUUUUUUUUUUUUUUUUUUUUUUUUUCAGUCGUGGGGCCCCGACGGUGGCGGCGGCUCUCUCCCCGGAGCGGUGUCCCGGUCUGCCCAGCCCCAUGCAAAACCUAACGGCCCCUGGCGGCCCCGGCAACUCCAAUGUCACCUGCUCCUGCAACUGCUCUGCUUCCCAGCCACAGGGAAUGGAGAUAUCUGAACUGGAGUUUGUUCAGAUCGUCAUCAUCAUUGUGGUGAUGACAGUGAUGGUGGUGGUGAUCAUCUGCUUGCUCAACCACUACAAGCUCUCCACCUGGUCCUUCAUAACAAGGCAGAGCCAGGCCCGCAGGCACAACCAUGCCCUGCAGCAGGAUGGGUGUCUGUGGCCUUCAGACAGCAGCUCUCGACAAGGUGCCUCAGAGGUAUUAUAUGCUCCCCAGGCCAGGGAUCGCUUCACUGCUCCCUCCUUCAUGCAGCGUGACCGCUUCAGUCGCUUCCAGCCCACCUACCCCUACCUGCAGCACCAAAUCGACCUGCCACCCACUAUCUCGCUGUCGGACGGCGAGGAGCCCCCGCCUUACCAGGGGCCUUGUACCCUGCAGCUCCGCGACCCUGAGCAGCAGAUGGAGCUCAAUCGCGAGUCGGUGAGGGCGCCGCCUAACAGGACCAUCUACGACAGUGACUUGAUCGACAUGGGAGGAGGUGGAAGCCUGGGAGGGGUGGGAGGAAUAGGAGGAGGCGGUCCGAGGCCGCCAAGCAGUAACUCGGGUAUCAGUGCGGUCAACUCCAGCAGUCACGAGCGCAUGGAGGGCCCCCCGCCAGCGUACAGCGAGGUGAUGGGCCACUACCCUGGCUCAGCGUUUUUUCUACACCAGCACAGCAAUAACCAGAGGGUUGGGGGCCCGGGGGACAGGAACCAAUCAGAAAGCACAAUAGUACCUGCCAAGGCCAAGGAUGGCCAACCGAAGGACCUGGUGUGAAGAAAAGGGUAGGGGGGCAGGUGGGGCCACCCACCCAAGACUAUAAACUGUCUCUUAACUUCACUCCUGAUCACCUGUAAGCUGUGGUCUCUCUAUCCUGCGCACUCUCUGUCUCUCUCAUGUCCUCUCUCCACACUCCCAUGCACAAAUAAAAAUCAAUCUUAGCUACAACAAAACAAGGAAAGA